AUGCCUGAAAAAAUUGAAAUGACAACUAAUGAACAAAACAAAAAAUCAACAUAUGUAGGUGCACUACCAGAUAUGCCAAUGGAAGCUCUUCUUUCACUUGGUCCACCAAAUAAUUGUGGUACUGUACCAACAAUUCGACUUUUUCUUGCUAAGUAUCAUGCAUUUCCAUGUACAUUACUUUGUGCUGCUGAUGAUACAAGUGCAUUAUUACAUACAACAACAAUUGUUGAUUAUAUUCGUGAUGAAUUAAAACAUGAUUUACAUACGGAUCGUAUAUCUCGAAAUUAUAAUCGACAAGCUAAACAAAUCUAUAUUGAUUCACGUUUAUCAGAUUUAGGCAAUGGUAUUAUGAUUGAAAUAGCUGAUUCUUACUUUUGUCAUGAUGAUGUACAAAAUCCAAAUAAAUUAAAACCAGAUCAUUCAGAUGAUUAUUUUUUAGUUGCAUCACAAGUAACCAUUUAUUAUUUACCUGAACAUGAUACAUUUGUACAAGAUUUAGCAAUGCGUUUUUCUAAAAUGACUAUAUUUUCAUCAAAAUCAUGUACUUUAAAUAUGGUAUGUCGUAAUCAACAUGGUUAUUAUCUGACUAGUAUUAAUAUUAAAAAACCAUUAAUUACUGAUCUUGCUCUUCAUUAUGGUAAAAAUUUUGUUCCUGUACAUGAAAAAAUUAUUAAAAAUUUAAAUAAAAAAGAAGGAAAAGGUAUUGUUCUUCUACAUGGUAUUCCAGGUUCAGGAAAAACACAUUAUAUUCGAUAUUUAAUUCAUGAAAUUGAAGAAAAAACUUUAGUUUAUGUACCACCAGAUAUGGCAAAAGAAAUUUCUUCACCAGAAUUUCUUCCAUUUCUUAUGCAAUAUCAAAAUUCAGUUCUUAUUAUUGAAGAUGCUGAAAAUAUAAUUAAAGAUCGAAAUGAAUGUUUAAUACCAUCACAAGCCGUUGCUAAUCUUCUUAAUUUAUCUGAUGGUUUAUUAGGUGAUGCUAUGCAUCAACAAAUAAUUGCAACAUUUAAUUGUGAUUUAACAAAAAUUGAUCCAGCUUUAUUACGUAAAGGACGUUUAAUUGCAAAUUAUGAAUUUAAUGAAUUAGAUACAGAAAGUUCAAAAAUUCUUUCAGAUAAAUUAGGAUUUGGUACUGAAAAUAUAACUGUACCAAUGACACUUGCUGAAAUUUAUAAUCAAGGUGAAAGUUCUGAAGAAUCAACUGUGAAUGGACAUGAAUCAAUAACGAAUGAAGAAAAAUGA